AUGCAUAUUGGUGCCUCCGUAGAGACCAGCAGUGGGCGGGUUGAGGGGCACGCUGCGCCUCACAGGCCUGCGGUCUCUGAGUACUUGGGCAUACCCUAUGCUUCGCCACCGAUUGGAGAUCUUCGAUUUGCGGCUCCAGUGCCAUAUAAUUCCAAUGGCACCAUUCACGCAACUGCCUAUAGCCCUGAUUGCCCUGCAAAUGCCGGCUCAGUUCCGGAUUACCCCGGCUUUACUCCACAGGCUCGCAGGAUCGUCAAGUCGUUUACCCAAGCUCUGGGUACUUCCCAGAGCGAAGACUGCCUUUUCUUAAAUGUGUGGACCCGUCCCACAGUCUCCAAGUUGAAGCCAGUCCUGCUAUGGUUUCACGGUGGUCGAUUCACAGGAGGCGGCGCCAACAAUCCAUACUAUGAUGGACAAGCCUUGGCGGAUGAGCAUGAGGUGGUGGUGGUGACCAUCAACUACCGAUUGAAUAUCCUUGGUUUCUCCGGUGCACCCAAUCUUCCCCAAAACGUCGGACUGCUUGAUCAACGUAUGGCAGUGGAAUGGGCCCAUCGCAAUAUCGCCGAAUUUGGUGGAGACCCAAAGCGCAUCUCAAUCUUUGGCCAGUCUGCUGGUGGCUCUGCCGUUGACUAUUACUCACAAGCCUGGGCAGACAAGCCCCUUGUCUCCGGUCUCAUCUCGCACUCCGGAACGUCGCUCAGCUUUGUGCCCAACACUGCUAAAGAGUCCGCCAGUUACUUUUACACUGCCUCCAAGCUUCUUGGCUGUGGAGACCAGUCCAGUGACCCCGAAGAAGUUGUCAAGUGUGUUCGCCAAAAGCCGUACAGGGACGUCGUCAAGGCGGGCGGCAAGGUCCCGCCAGCACCUUCACCGGCUACUCCACAGGCAGUGUUCCAUCCGACAGUGGACGGAGUUACCGUGUUUGACAACUACGCCGAGAGAUCUGCUGCAGGCAAAUUCGCACGUCUGCCAUAUUUAAUCAACAGCAAUCAUUACGAACCUGGCUACUAUCGCAUCAGCGCGUUUAACGCAAAUAUCUCCCUCAGUGAUAGCGCAUGGCAAAGGUUUAACGAUGCGGCUUUUACUUGCCCUAGUGGUGCGUCCGCAAGAUAUCGAGUUGAUAACGGCGUUCCGGUUUGGCAAUCCCAUUACUUCGGCGACUGGGACAACCUACGUCUGCAUCCUAACAGUGGAAGCUACCACGGCGCAGACCUGCCUAUGGUAUUCGGAACUGGAGAGAAAGUCAGCGGAAUUCCAAACAGUGACCGGGAGAAUGAAUUUGCCCGGUACAUGGCCUCCGCCUGGGUUGCAUUUGCAAGUGAUCCUCACGAGGGCUUGACUAAGUUCGGAUGGCCCCGAUACAAUCCUAAUGAGAAAACACUGGUUGGACUUGCCUACAAGGAUGGUUUCAAUGCCCAGUUGCUCCGACCCGAAGAUGUCGAGCAGGGAUGUGCUGCUUUGAAAGGGGAUAGCACUCCUGGAAAGGGUGCCUUUUAG